AUGGCGAGCGAAUUCAACACAGAAGCCUUUACGUUGCUGGGCAUUGGUGUUCUCGUCGUGGUCACAAGGGAGGUGUCACGGGUGUAUAUGGCCGGUUUGAAAGGGUUAUGGCUCGAGUAUGUAGCGCAUUUGAAGUCCACGGUCAUCUACGGCUUAGAAACGGGCGCUGCAUAUAUGGUCGGGGCGUCGUGGCACGGCUUGGCCAACAAUGGCAUGACGGAUGAACAACGUCGGACGUUAGACCCUCACUCGCAAGAAUACAGACUUCGGGUCAACGGCUCCAAAACGCAACUGGUCGGCUGGAGCCUGUACACCUUGUUGCUGUGGACGUUGAAGCUCUGCGUGGCAAUCUUCUAUCAUCGGUUUACACAAAGCCUCGAUUACAUGAAGUCCCGCAUACGUCUGGGCUAUGUGAUCGUCGUGGUCACGUACGUGGCCACUGAACUCUCGAUUCUUCUGGGCUGCCAUCCGUUCCACAAGAACUGGCAGAUUUACCCCAACCCGGGCAAUCACUGUCAACCCGCCAUCUCCAAGAUCGACCUCUAUGUCACCGUCAUCCUUAACGUCCUCUCCGACCUCUAUUUGCUCUCCAUUCCCAUUCCGCUACUGUGGAAAGCCGAUGUCCCGCUGGUGAAGAAAAUGUCUUUGAUUUUUAUUUUCGGCGGCGCAAUCUUCGUCAUGGCGGCCGGCAUUCUGCGUGCUGCCCUUGUUAUCCACGAUCCUGUCGGAGGUGCCCAAGCCGCAGGCAGCUGGGCUGUGCGCGAGACGUUUGUCGCUGUCGUCGUGGCCAAUUUGCCCAUGGUCUACCAAGGUCUUCGAUGUUUCACCAAAGCCGCAGCGGGAAGCAGUUAUUUCUCAAAGAGGUCCCGAUCCCGCUUGGGAUACAGCAGGUCGGCAGAUGAGCCUGAGUUUGAAAUGGUCUCCUCACCUCGGACCAGCAGCAAAUCGCCCGCGCCGCAGCUCGGUCCGAUCCAGAUGCAGCAUGAGUUUUUCAAGUCGCCUUAA